GUGGUGAGUAGGGGUGUGCAGGGCUGGGCAGAGGCGCUGGCACUCGGCACACACUGGCACAGGACCCCAGCGUGGCCCCUCUUGGCUUUGGCCACUCUUCUCGGUGCGUCCCGGUCCAGCAGUGUGGGAGCAGGGUGGCAGGUUUGGGGCUCACUGAGGGGUGGCCCCGGCCAGGGACGGGCUCCGGGCAGCUCUCCAGGCUCUGUUCCUUCCCUGCAGCCCCAGGACACCUCGCUGCGCCCCACAGCCCUCCCUGGACGAGGGGACCGUGAUCGCCCGUGUGCCAUCGUGCUCCUGGCCAUGCCCUGCACUGGGCACUUCCCACCCCGCAGCCCCCGGUGAGCGGGGAAGGAGCCUGAGCCUCUUCCAGGUUGGGUGACUCCGGCGUCCGCCGGCCACCAUGGAUUGGAAAACGCUGCAGGCCCUGCUCAGUGGGGUCAACAAGUACUCCACGGCCUUCGGCCGCAUCUGGCUCUCCGUGGUCUUCGUCUUCCGCGUGCUGGUCUACGUGGUGGCGGCUGAGCGCGUGUGGGGAGACGAGCAGAAGGACUUUGACUGCAACACGCGGCAGCCGGGCUGCACCAACGUCUGCUAUGACCAUUUCUUCCCCAUCUCCCACAUCCGCCUCUGGGCCCUGCAGCUCAUCUUUGUCACUUGCCCUUCCCUCCUGGUCAUCAUGCACGUGGCCUACCGGGAGGACCGGGAGAAGAAGAACCGGGAGAAGAACGGGGAGAAUUGCCCCAAGCUCUACAGCAACACAGGCAAGAAGCAUGGUGGGCUGUGGUGGACCUACCUGCUCAGCCUCUUCUUCAAACUUAUCAUAGAGAUCCUGUUCCUCUAUCUCCUCCACAAGAUGUGGGACAGCUUUGACUUGCCACGGCUGGUCAAAUGCACCCAAGUGGAGCCCUGCCCCAACACAGUAGACUGCUACAUCGCUCGGCCAACCGAGAAGAGAGUCUUCACCUAUUUCAUGGUUGGAGCCUCCUCCAUCUGCAUCGUCCUCACCGUCUGUGAGAUCUUCUACCUCAUCUUCAAGCGGGUUGUGCGGCGUGCGCAGAAGUGGAAGAAGUCCACCAAGCGCUCCGUCAGCUACAGCAAGGCCUCCACCUGCCGGUGCCACCUCAAGACAGAGGAGAAGGACAACAAGUCCCAGACUAGGUGUGUGGCAGCCCUGUGAGCCUCUGCUCCCAACCUGACUGCUCUCUGAUGGGGUGCUGGGAGGGGGAGGGGGAGGGAGAUGUGUCCAGGGAUGGUUGGCCCCAGAGGUGGCCACUGGGGAUGCCACCACCAGACUCUUCAGCCAGAACCUUGAUGGCUCUAAAGGGGAAGGGGACACAUCCAUGGGAACUCUCCUGUUUGAGGGCAUGUCCCUGGGUGUCCCAGCAGCACGGACACGCUGGUGGCAGGUGGGUGCUGGCUGCCCAUGGGCACACCUGAGGUUUUCUCUUCUUUCCACAGAGGAGAGGAG